UGUACAAGCUGAAACUAUAGGAGCUGGUCUUGCAGAAGGUUUCAGUGGGGAAGAAUUUAUUAAGAACCAGAAAAUCAUAAUUAAACAGUACCACAAGUAUAGUGUUGUACUUUUGAAUAUAGUGCAUGGUUCUAUAUGGGGUGUUUUAACGCGGAAAGGUUUAAUGCAAUUAACUCAGUAUGACGGAUCUUAUUUGUCUGGGGUGAUUUGGGCCAACUUUACCGCAUGUUUAGUGAUGGGGCUAGCUAUUGAGAGUGACCAAUUGUGGAUAAUUUUACUAGAUAAUGAGGUUUAUACAAGCAAGGCAUCUAUCCCCGUGUACACGGGUCUCACCACGGGAUUCUGCGGCACGGUGUCUUCCUUUUCAUCUGUGAUAUUGGAAGCAUUCAAUAAAGCUUCCAAUACGGAGAUUGGAAUCACCCAUCAUCCGCCAAAUGCCGCGUAUGGAAUCAUGAAUUUCUUAGCGGUGAUAUUAGCCGAGUUUGGAUUAUCGAUAAUGGGGUUCCAUAUGGGAAAACAAUUACUGAUGGCGAUUGAUAAGUUUACACCAAAGUUGACUUUAGGCAGUUACAAAGCACUAGAGAAAUUCUCGAUGGCGGCUGCGAUUUGUCUCGUGAUCAUAACAUGUGUGCUAUUAGGAGUGAAAUCGCAAGGUUCAUGGAGAAAUUGGACCUUUUCCAUGCUCUUUGCGCCAUUUGGAGCCAUUUUACGAUUCUACUUAUCGAAAUGGUUGAAUUCGAGAGUAAUGAAUUUCCCAAUGGGCACUUUUACGGCUAACUUACUAGGGACUUUGCUACUAGCGAUAUUCACGUUAAUCGCAAGGGGUAAGCUGCACUAUAAGGAAGAGGGAAACGGAGGCGGAGGCGAGCAAGGUAGAAUUAUGGCACAUAUAAUGGGAUGUCAUGUAUUGACAGGGUUAGACGACGGAUUCUGCGGUGCAUUGACUACAGUGAGCACUUUUGUUGCUGAAUUAUUUGGUUUAAAGACGAUUUAUGGUUAUGUAUAUGGAACUAGUUCAAUAAUGGUAGCUUUUGCUAUAAUGGUUUUAGUCUUGGGUUCUUAUAAUUGGAGCGUGGGCCUAACCGACCCUUUUAGUCAACUAGCUUUAACUAAAGAAUCAGUUGGAUUGUUUAGUCAAUUAGCUUUAGCUAAAGAACCAGUUGGAUUGUUUAUUCAAUUAGCUUUAGCUAGAGAACCAGUUGGGUAG